AUGUCUGGCAUCUUAGUCGAUAUCUUCCCAUUAGAGGUUGUAGACAAUAUUUUUCUCUUUUUAUCAGAGAAAACUUUGAAACGUCUCAUCCAUGGAUUAAACGAGAACACAGAGCUUAGAGCACUUGCAAUUUCUAGAUUGUAUAAUCAGUUCACCGUCUAUCGGGUGGAGGAACUAGCUGAGGCAGCUGGUCUCAAUGCUCGCGUGGGAACGAUGUGUUUGCAUGGUGACGAAGAAUGUAUCAAAUUUCUUAGGGAACAUCCGUCUUUUGUUUCCAAUAUUUCGAAUGUUAAACUUCACGUUCCUUUUUACAGUGACUACAAGGAAUAUGAAGACAUCCCGUUUCGGAAUGUUGAGGUGUACAUGUACAGAUGUUUCGAUCCAUCAGAAAUACCACCCAACUUGAAACUGAUAGAGGUCUUUGAGUCAGACCCGGGCAUGUCGGUGAAGUGGCCGCUUUCGUUGACAAGCAUCAUACUCUAUGAUCAAACGAACUUGAAAUUGAUCGAACUUCCAAGGAAUCUACGAGAACUCCACUGCCAUUCUCUGGAUAAACUAUGGGACCUGUUACCUCCAAAACUCGAAAAGUUAGAGUUAUCCUUGAUGAAUCUAUUGUCACACGAAUUCAUUUUUCCGGAGUCGCUCAAGGAACUAUACAUUGAGCAAUGUUAUUUUCCUCACUUGGAGGAAGUAAUGACUAGACUACCUUUGAGCUUGAAAAAGUUAGAUUUGUUGCUCAUAGGCUUAGCAUUCUCAAGCAAAAUCUUCUUUCCAGAGUCGCUCAAUGAGUUGCUGGUUCGAUAUUGUUCUUUUAUUGAUAUAGUGCAGCUGGUUGCCAGUUUACCUGCGAGUUUGAAAAGUUUGAAAUUGGAACUUGAUAUAGGACAAAAGUUGCCUUCUCUUGUGUUUCCUGAUUCAAUCGAAGAACUUGAUCUUUCAGGUUGUGGACUUGAUAGCCUUGAAGGCUUCAAAUAUCCCAAGUCUCUCUCAAUAUUCAGAAUCAAGAAUAAUAAGAUCAAGGAAUUGCAUAACUCGAAGUUACUAGAAUCGCUUACUGUACUAAAUUUGGAAAUGAAUCAGAUCAGCACGCUUAGUUGUCGGUUUCCUGCUCUUAAGGAAUUGUAUUUGUCUCGAAAUAUUUUGACCACUAUGGACGGAACUACGUUUCCUGAAUUGGAAGUUCUUGAUAUCACAGCCUUUCCUAGUGGAGGAAUCAGGAGUAUAAAAAACGUCCAAUGGCCAUCCACUCUUAAAAUUCUUAAAGCAAAUGGACACUGCAUUAGUGACUAUGGACAAACUAGGCUUCCUAAAGGCUUAGAGGAAUUGGAAAUCAAUAUCACGGGAAAACUGCCAAGACUAAAAUUUCCACCCAGGUUGGAGAACCUCAAGCUAACACUUCGGGCUCAUAGAAAGUAUGAUGUCUCUCAAAUUGGCCUCCCCACAACUCUACAAAAGCUUGAAAUAACAAAUGUUCGAAGUAGAGGGCUCGACUGGAAGCUACCCCACUUGGAGAAGUUAAAAUUGACAAAUUUCAAAGGUCGACUUCGGGUUCCCAAAUCUGUCAGGAAACUAAACAUACUUGUUGAGAAGGGAGAACACUUGAAAAACAUUUCGCUUCCCCUGAAGUUAUAUCGGUGUGGCAUUUACUGUUCUUCAGGCGAAUUCAAUGAUGCUUUAUCCAAACUACUACUUGAUUAUGAUUCAAUGUAA